GUAAGACGUUUAUUGACAAUAUGGCCGCGGAGCUGGGUUUGGAUUUGGAGAAAACUGUAAAUUGACAGCACUCACCGGGGCUGCGAUUACAACUGAUUCCCCCCUCAGGAGUGGACGGAACAGAUGCAUUUGAAUGAAGGGACCCGCGAGUCCACGGGAUGGUGUCAGUGAGCUGAGGAAACGUCCACAGUGUCAAACCCGUCAUGUCGUUUUUCAAGAGGAAAGCCAAAAGCAAAGAACCUGAGAGAGUGACAGAUGCUAAAGUCAAUAGAGCUCCAACCAGCCCUCACUCUCCAGCAUUAGGACUGAGGAACCACCAUGCCAUCCAGGAAGCUGCCGGGCCCAGCCAUGUGGCCAUCAACGCCAUCUCUGCCAACAUGGACUCCUUUGCCCGCGGUCGUACCGCCAUCCUCAAGAAACAGCCAAGCCACAUGGAGGCUGCGCACUUUGGAGAUCUUGGUCAUUCCAGUGUGAACUAUCAGCCCCAAGAGACCCGCUCUCGGCUGUCGAAGACAGUGGACCAUGUCCUGCGGGAUAACGUGGCGAUACCCCACUAUAUGCAUUUCAUGGAACUACGGGGUGCUGACCAUCUGGUUCGGUUCUGGUUGGAGGCUGAGAGUUUCCGCUCUACCAGCUGGUCACGGGUCCGAGCGCACAGCCUAAACUCUGUUAAACACAGCUCGUUGGCCGAGCCCGUCCCUGCCUCCGCAGACAGCUCAGAGCUCCGGGAGCUCGCCCAGUACACGGCCAAUGCCCUCGCCCGGGACAGUAGCAGUGAGAGCCCUACAGUGCAGUCGGAGCAGCGGGACUCCUCCAGCACAGAAGCAGGCCUGAGACCCGGCACUCCUCGAGCAGAAACCCCAAACAGGCAGGCACCCUCCAGGACAGGGACUCCCUACAAGGUGCAGUCAAACAGCACCCUGCGAGACCUCUCGGACAAACUCAUGAAAAGUAUAGAGAAAGAUGCAGUUACCAUCUUCACCAAGUACAUCUCUCCAGACGCUGUGAGGCCCAUCCCCAUCACAGAACAAAUCAGAAACGACAUCGUUGCUAAGAUAUGUGGAGAGGAUGGCAUGGUGGACCCAAACUGCUUUGUCAUUGCACAGUCGGUGGUCCUCACCAUCUUGGAGCAACAGCACUUUAGUGAAUUCCUGCGGAGCCAUCAUUUUUGUAAAUACCAGAUUGAAGUGUUGACUAGUGGCUCCGUGUUCCUGGCUGACAUCUUGUUCUGUGAGUCAGCUCUCUUCUACUUCUCUGAGUACAUGGAAAAGGAGGAGGCGAUGAAUGUACUGCAGUUCUGGCUGGCGGCAGACAACUUCCAGAACCAGCUUGCAGCUAAAAAGGGCCAGUAUGACGGCCAGGAGGCUCAAAAUGAUGCCAUGAUCCUCUACGACAAGUAUUUCUCACUCCAGGCCACCAACCCUCUGGGCUUUGGCGACUCUGUGCGGAUGGAGAUAGAGUCGAAUAUCUGCCGAGAGGGAGGGCCACUCCCGGACUGUUUCACCACUCCACUCAGACAGGCCUGGACGACCAUGGAGAAGGUCUACAUGCCAGGCUUCCUGUCUAGCAACCUUUACUACAAAUACCUGAGUGACCUCAUCAACUCGGUGCGGGCAGAUGAGUUUGUGAAUGUCAGCACUCCAGGUCAGGGCGGGCCCGCGGACAACGAUCGUACAAGUUCAAAUGCCAGCGAGGUCUCCCAGUCUCAGCAUGGUUCCAGAAAGGCAGCCAUCAAGAUUCUGAAAAACUUUGACGAGGCGAUCACGGUGGACGUUGCCAGCCUGGACCCUGAGUCUUUGUACCAGCGGCCGUACGCUGGAAAGAUGACGUUUGGCAAGGUGAAUGAGAUGGGCCAGUUUAUCAGGGAGGCAGAGCCAGAGCCAGACGUGAAGAAAUCCAAAGGUUCCAUGUUUUCUCAAGCAAUGAAGAAAUGGGUCCAAGGCAACUCGGAUGAGGCCCAGGAGGAGAUGGCAUGGCAGAUUGCCAAGAUGAUUGUCAACGACGUCGUCCACCAGUCAAACCAUGACAGCCCUGGCAAGGCCACCAAGUUAUGACCCCACUGAGGAACCAAAGGACUGUCACUCCCUGCAGACGCUGGCCAAGCCAGUGACAAACUGUACACAGGGUUCACCCUACAAUGAACUGCAUUACUCUGAGAACGAACAAGGCAUUUUAUCAGCUCCCCAACCACCUUGUGUGUGUGUGUGUGUGUGUGUGUAUGUAUGUAUGUGGCUGUGAGCUUGGGUGAGUGAUUGUUCACGCAUGGGCUAAUGGAAAAAGUUGAAGUACAUCAUUGUUCCAAUCUUCCAACUCCAUAACACUAUAAAGGUACAUUUGUAGUCACCAAAAGCAAAGCAAAGCCCAGAGCUUGCUUCAGACUGGAGGAAGACACUCCUGGUGAAGGAAACGGUCAACAUGAUGCUGGAGGAAGGAGCAACAUGUCAGUCGAUCACUGAGUCGCUGUAGCCAUACUGUCUGAAAAAUGUCUUAUCCCGGACCUAUGGAGGAGGUGAUAAAGACUAAACUAACCGCACUCCCUCAUGAAACACCUCCCCACACCUUUUAUAACCAUUCCUUGUUUUUAGAUGAAAUUCUCUCUUAAAGGUCGGCCACUUAAGGCUUAAGCAGAUCAAAAUCAGCGUUGUACAGUUUUUGCAUACGCUUCCCUCAGCCUGCCUGGAGUAGUUUUGUCUGCUGUUCACUGAUGUGAGCCGUCCUUCGUUGGCUGUUUUACGUACUGUAGACCAUCUGGAAAUGCAACAAUGAAACAGAAGAAAAGCUGAUUCAGUUCUUGAACUGUCUGACCUCCUAUAUGAACCUCCUGGCACCUUUACAGAGCGUAGAAGAAGAAAUACUCCCCUAAUGGACUUAAGUGCUCCAGUUGUGUUGGAAAACUCCAUGUCCUAAAUGUUCUAUAUAUAUAUAUAUAUAUAUAAAUAUAUGUAGAUUUCUGGUUUACCCCAUAUAUUAAUGUUAGUCCUUUUUUAUGGUGGUCGCUGUUUUUUUUUAAAUGCAUCACUGAAACAACUGUCAGUGAUGACCGGACUGUUCAACUGGAAAGUGUGCUCAGUGAAUUAAACUUUUUUUUUUUUUUAUUUGAGCCUUACCAUGAUGUAGAAAAGAACCAGAAAAGACUCUUGGUACUAUGUACCACUAAUGUUUUCUGACAUGUACGUGUACUUAAUCUAUAAUAUAUUUAAAUUGUGUUUGAUUGAAAUACAUAUAUUAUGAAAUGUU